GCGCGGCUCCGCCCUUCCGCCCCGCCCCCCGGGUGCCGCCGCGGGCGGCGCGAGCGGAGCGGAAACGGCCUGAGGGGGCGCGCGCCCCGCGGGCGGUUAGUUGGCGGCGAGGCCUGAGGGGAGCGGGCUGCUGUCGGCGGGGCGGCGGGCCGGGUCCCCCACCUCACCUCACCUCACCUCACCUCACGUCACCCGGGGUGUGUGGCAGUAGCUUCGGACCCGCGGGGGCCGGCCCGGCCCGGCGGUCAGCGCGCCUUGGACUGUUCCGCGACUUGGCGUAAGAGGUGGCGGGGGCUCUGCCUCCGUGGAAGCCCUUCGGCUGGGACGGUUUCUUCUGAGUGCCCUCCUGGUGUCUUCAAGCAGGGGUUAAAGUUAACUGCAAACCCCCAAGGCGCUGAAGCGUUGGGAGCUGCUGAGAGAGUGAAAAGGAAGAACUGAGGAGAAAACAAACUAUGAAAGUAUUGGUUAUUGGCCUUGGAGGUGUAACAAAUGGGGGGAAAACAACGCUGGCAGAAAAGCUUAAGAAAAUGCUUCCCAACUGUGAUAUAAUCUCUCAAGAUGACUUCUUUAAGCCAGAGUCUGAAGUAGAAACAGAUGAACGUGGAUUUAAGCUGUACGAUGUACUUGAUGCCCUCUAUAUGGAUGAAAUGGUGAAAAGUAUUCGCAAUUGGAUGAAAAGCCCAGCAAGCUCAGGUGUUGUGACAGAAGAGCUGCAGAAUACAUGUGACAAUCUGAAAAAUACAGACAUUUAUAUUUUGAUUGUUGAAGGCUUUCUGCUAUUCAAUUAUGAGCCGCUUAAUGAACUAUGGAAUAGAAGAUAUUUUUUGACCCUUCCUUAUGAAGAGUGCAAAAGGAGAAGGAGAACGAAUAUGCAUGAACGAGUGAACAGAACAGAAAGGCAGUUUAAAUCUCUCCCAGCUAACCAACAGAGUCUUCUUCCUCAAUUCCUUCCACACCUGGACGAUAUUCGAAAGUGCAUUGAUCAUAAUCAAGAGAUACUACAGACCAUUGUGAAUGACUGCAUUCAUAUGUUUGAAAAUAAAGAAUAUGGAGAAGAUGGAAGAGGGAAGAUUACACCAGCUUCAACAUUUGACAUGGAUAAAUUAAAAUCUACUUUGAAACAAUUUGUGAGAGACUGGAGUGAAGAGGGAAAGCCUGAGAGAGAUUCCUGCUACCAGCCAAUCAUUGCUGAAAUUGUAAAGAACUUUCCAAAAGAAAGAUGGGAUUUCUCCAAAGUUAAUAUCCUGGUACCUGGUGCUGGGCUAGGUAGAUUGGCGUGGGAAAUAGCUAUGCUCGGUUAUGCUUGCCAAGGAAAUGAAUGGAGCCUCUUUAUGCUCUUUUCUUCUAACUUUGUACUCAACAGAUGCUCCAAAAUUAACUCACAUAAGCUUUAUCCCUGGAUUCAUCAGUUUAGCAAUAAUAGAAGAUCUGCUGAUCAGAUACGUCCAAUUUAUUUUCCUGAUGUUGAUCCUCACAGCCUUCCUUCUGGUUCAAACUUUUCUAUGACAGCAGGGGAUUUUCAAGAAAUAUAUUCAGAGUGCAAUACAUGGGACUGCAUAGCAACUUGCUUUUUCAUAGAUACAGCACAUAACGUUAUUGAUUACAUUGAUACUAUAUGGAAAAUAUUAAAGCCUGGAGGAAUAUGGAUAAAUGUAGGUCCUCUCCUUUACCACUUUGAAAAUUUAGGAAAUGAACUUUCUAUAGAAUUAAGCUAUGAGGAUAUAAAAAAUGUUAUACUGCAAUAUGGAUUCCAUAUAGAGGUGGAGAAAGAAUCUGUACUGUCAACUUACACUGUGAAUGAACUCUCCAUGAUGAAAUACUACUAUGAAUGUGUGUUGUUUGUGGUGAGAAAACCAGAAUAGAAGUGGUAUGAACAGGUUAAUCAGGAAAAAAUGUUGGCUUGAAAGCUGGGAAUGAGAACAAAAUGGACUGGGUGAUGUCUGGACACAACCUCAAAUCAGUGGUGCCUUCUUACUCCUACUAGGAUUUAGAUAGUGUCUAUUUUCUUAAUAUCUGUUGCUAUCCAGACAUGUUCUAUGCCAUGCAUAUUUGUAAUAUACUUGUGAAAAUGGAGGAGGAAAUUUUCACAUACACAGUCUUUGUGCUUUGGAAUGCAUUAAAAAUAAAAGCAAAAACUUUUUAUUGAGAAUAGAAUUUAAUGUUUGCCAUAACUAGGCUGCUUCUCUGCAUAUGCUGCCUCAUUUUUCAUAGAUUUAGAGUAAUUUUCUUUUUUCUACUUUCUGAUGUUAGGAAUGCAUAGAGGUGCUUACUUUACUAGCCUUGUCACAUUUAGAUAAGUAUUUCUAAAUGUAUACUUAAAAUACAAAGUGUGAAAUGAUUUGAAAGUGAUAAAAUUACUCUUGAUAGAUAGCCAUCAGAGCUGUUAGAACAUUUUCUGUGGAACUGAAAUGAAGUAGAUUAUUACACAAAUUCUAAUCUUUGACUGCACCACUGUUAACAAUUUAAUCAAAAUACAGAACGUAUAGGCAGUUUGAAAUACUAUGUGAAAGCAGAGUCCUGAGUGAUGAAAAAGUAGCAUGUCACAGAGGAGCAGAGUAUGUUAACCUCCGUUCAGGAAUAACACAAAUUGUUAUUAAUCUCUUCAUGCUGAAAAUGAAAUAUGUAAGAUUCUUUGUCAUCUUAAAAGAGAUUGAUUUUUAAGUCACUUAUUUACUGCUUAAGCCAAAACAGUGAAUCAGUAUUUUUUAUUAAACAUACUUAACAGGAAGUUGUUGUACCUUGAGAUUUUCCUAGUUUUUUGGAUUUUACAGCAGCUGAGUUUCCCAGACCAUGUGUAGGUAGUGCAACAGUUACGCGUAAAUAAUACCUGCUGUAUACCUAAUCACCUCUACCUGAGUCAGCAUAUGUAGGCCAGUUGGUAGACAAUUUCCUUGUAAUUUCAGGCACUUUACAUUUGUGACUUAGGGACUUCUUGGUUCCUUAUCCUUAUGUUUUUUGGGUUUUUUUCCUGGCAGAUGUGGCUUAGGUGAGUAUUUAGUCUACAAAUCAUACUAUACAAGAGGCUGAAUCCUCCGUCGCUUAGAAGUUACGUACAUGAGAAAACAUGAACUAAUAAUUACUGUGCUGAUAGGAGGUGUCAUGUUAGCCAUUUUGUUUUCUUAAUAUAUUGAUUACCUUUGUUAGCAUUUUAAUACAUUUUCAAAAAUGUGUUACAAAAACAUUAUGAUAAGGAAUCAAGGGGUUUUUCAUACUUGGGCAUAAUGGCACUGGACAAUAGCUUGCUUGAUUCCCAUUCUUUCUAUCUAUUUCUAGAUAGAAAUGUUUCCCAUUAUUUCUAUUUAUUAUUUCCAUCCCUUUUUUCAUGGUGAUGGCCUAAUCACAUUUCUUUAAUAGAUCUGUUACUGGCUUUUGGAUUUUUCCCAUUGCGGCCAGAAAUUUGUGCCUUUGUUCCUAAAUUCUGCAAGAAAGUCUUCAAGGAGGAAAACACAAACUUUUUUUAUGGUUUCAACGCUGCAUAAGAGAGUGCGUGCCGGAGUGUGUUUCAGUAGUGUGCAUCUUUCUGCUUGGAAUCCUUAUUGAGAGUAAAGUUUUCUCAUCUACCUAAGUUUUCAGUUAGCACUUUGCUUAAACUAGUCUUCUUUGAACUCUCUCUUUUUCCUGAAAGUGCACCACCAAGAUUUAGCUCCAUAAAUGAACUGCCAAAGUUCUACCCUGCUUCAAGAAAAAUCUGUUUAAAGCUGAAGCACUGCCUUUGCAACAAGUAGAUUAAAAAUAAACUCAUACGCACACCUAAAAAUAAAAAAACCCAUUGCUUUAAUUUCCUUGUUGCACUGUUUAUUUUUUGAGGAACUUUGUGAUUCUUUGCUUUCAGUCUGAUAUUUUUCGUUAGGUAGAAUAUGAUUAGUAUUUUGCUUGAUUUUCAGGCUCCUUGAAAUAGGAAAAUCUAGGUGAAUGUUGAUUACACUGUUGCUCAGUAGUAUAUAUAUCUGUAAUAUUGCCCAAUUUCUGCCUCCAAGCCAGUCUGUAGUUACACUUGAAAUGUGGUGUUCCUGUUUUUCACAAACAGGACAUUGAACUCUUGCUUUCUGGUUGAAUGUCAGGACCCUUUGUUCUGGUGGUUUUGUUCUUUGCCAUGCCACGUUGUCACAAGUGCCAUUCUUUGUGUUGUGUUUAGAAAGUAUGUUUUUAUUUACUGUGAUGCGCUUCUAUUUUUAAUCUAGAAAAUGCCAGUUUUCUCUAAUGUUUUCCUUUUAAAUUGUACAGUUGCAUUAAGAGCUGGAAGCAGAAUAAUCUUGUGAAUAAGCUGUAUGAGUUAAUAGUGUUUUACCAGCAGUCCUAUUUAUGAGUUCCUAAAAAUGCAAGUGGUGAAUUUUAUGCACGAGAAUAAUUGUGUAUUACUGAAUGUGAUCACGUUCUUCUUUUCAGUUGUAUAGCUGGGGGGGAAAAAACGCUUAAGGUGUUUACAGCCAAAGCCAAGACCAUUUAAUUUAGGUCACUAUUACUACAUACAGAUUACCGGGUGUAAAAUAAAAUGCUGCAUAAUCUUCAGUGUAAUACUUCUUUAUAUGUAAUAACUUUGACAAACAUAAAGUGUCCUGUACUUUUAUUUAUAUGUAGUGCCCUCUAAAUCAGUUACGAAGGAAAGAAUGGGAAGUUUCGUGUCUCCGUGUGAACUUCCCCCGAUUUUCAGUGUGUGUAAUGAACGGGCUGUUUUUUCCUGGGUAUUAAAGUUUGCAUUAUGA